AUGAGGACCAAGCGAGGCCGCAUUGGGGAACCUGUCGCCCAAGAGGCGCCUAUACAGGAGGGUGUCGCAGCAGUCCCGGAAGAACCUAGUGCGCCAGAGCUUGCUGUACAAGAGGUCGGUCCCGAAGAAGAGGCUUCCGCUGCUGCGGGUGGUUUCUCCAGAGAGGCCUAUGGCCAGCAGGCUGCUGACGAGCCAGAAGGCGCUGCAUCUGCAAUUGCCGCCGCGGAUCAGACACAGACUCCUGCUGCUGAUGACGAAGGUGGUUUCUCAAGAGAAGCACACGGCCAGACAGGUGCUGACGAGCCCGAGGGCGCAGCAUCUGCGAUUGCCGCCGGGGGUCAGACAAAGACUCCUGCUGCUGAUGGCGAAGGUGGUUUGUCAAGAGAAGCACACGGCCAGACAGGUGCUGACGAGCCCGAGGGCGCAGCAUCUGCGAUUGCCGCCGGGGGUCAGACAAAGACUCCUGCUGCUGAUGGCGAAGGUGGUUUGUCAAGAGAAGCACACGGCCAGACGGGUGCUGGUGAGCCCGAGGGCGCAGCAGCAGUGCAGGUCGCCGCAGUGGCUCCGAUUGCGAAACCCACUACGCUACCCACCAGAGAAGACAUGCAGCAUGGCACAAGCCUCCCCGAGAUUGAGGACUAUGAUAAUACUGCCGUCACUGCGUCGGGCGCUGAUGCUGUGCGCAAUAUUCGCCCUAUAACAAGUCCGCGAGCAGACCGCAAGCUGAAGACCUGGUUCCGCGAUCGACUGAUUCGUCAGUCUAGUGAUGGCCCAGUCGCUGUGUACCCUCACCAGCCGGGGCCUGAGUUCGCAACGGACAGUGAGUCGGGGUUCACGGGAGGUGCUGCUCUGACAAAAAAAGACGAGCCCCGUGGUGCAGCGCUGAGCUCCCACCCUGUUACCGGGGCAGAUCUGGAGCCACAUGACAAUCGAACCUCCGGAAAUAACGCCAGCAAUGUUGAGGGAAGAAGCAUGUCGCCGACUGAGGAAGAGGCCGUUCAACCUCCUUCCCCGGCCCCGCAGAAUGGUGGUGGCAAGAAGAGCCGCCUGCGUCGGAGUUUCAUGAAGUCCGUGUCACGCAACACUCAAGAAUCCAAGACCAAUGGUGUCACAAAGCAGAGUUCCGAGGGAUCUCAGGCACUCUCUGAGUCUAAGAGUCGGGAUGUCCAGGGUCUCCGGAACAGCGCCGUUGAACAGGGCUUGCCUGUUCCGCCGGCCCUCGGUGAAGCUCCUAGCACCGGCCGUGAAUCAAGAUUUUCUGAGGAUCUGUGA